AUGGCCGAUAUGCAAAGUGAGAUUGAUCGACUUCGAAACCUCACCAAUUUGUCCAUCACUUUGAACACGCCACUUCCCGAGCAAGGAACAAACACAACUACUCCGCCUCUUUUUCCACAUGUUGACUCUCCUACUCCUCAAUACUUUCCACCAAACCCUUCCAUUCACAAGACCAAUCCAACUGCUUCCAAACAAUCCACCAACCCUCUACAACCCAACUUUCCACAAAACAAUUCGCAACAAGCCAACCCUUUACCCUUCACUACCCCAUAUGCGCCCCAAACUUCACUUACCCAAACUCCAGUCACCCAAACUACCCCACUCACCCAAACCGCCUUACCUUCCCAAAAAUACCAAACGACCCAACAUACACCGGUGGCACACACUGCAAUCCCUAAUGUUCAAUAUGUGCCUCAAGUAUAUGUAGCAGAAGCUCAACCUUUCCUUAAUCCAAUGCCAACCAUGCCAGAAGUCGAUCCAUAUGAAGAGAUGGAGAAAGAAGCAAGGUCAAGAACGGAUGACAAUGUAGCAAGGGAGAUUCGUAAUUUGAAGGAAGCUUUCAAAAGUAUCCAAGUCCAUAAGGGGGUUGAAGGUCUUGAAUAUGAGGAUUUAUGUGUUCAUCCCGAUGUUGAAUUACCCGUGGGGUAUAAGGUACCAAAAUUUGAUGUAUUUGAUGGGAAGGGAAAUCCUCGAGCUCAUUUAAGGUCGUAUUGUGACAAGUUAGUUGGAGUGGGGAAAGAUGAGGCCAUUAGAAUGAAGUUGUUUAUAAGGAGUUUGACAGGAGAGGCCCUUGAUUGGUACACGAGUCGAGACCCACAGAAAUGGAAUAGUUGGGGUGCGAUGGCGCAAGAAUUCAUGGAUAGGUUCAAGUUUAACACUGAGGCAAUUCCAGACAGGUUCUACUUGAUGAAGUUGGAAAAAAAGUCAACAGAGUCAUUCAGAGAGUAUGCAAUGCGGUGGAGAGCAGAUGCCGCAAAAGUUCAACCACCAAUGGCAGAAAGUGAGAUGACCUCUCUUUUUAUACAAUCCCAAAAAGAUGCAACGUACUAUGAAAAGAUGAUAAGUGUUGUAGGGCAAAAGUUCUUGAGGUUGUCAGGAUGGGAGAAUUUAUUGAAGAAGGCGACAAGUAAGGCAAUUCAGUCGGAUUCAAUCGGAGGAGCCCUUAAGAAGAGGAAAGACGGUGUGUCUGCUGUCAUGACCAUCCAGGAACGUAGGCCAAACCAAAUGUUAACCUACCAAAACCCAUUACCCCAACCUUCAUACUAUAGUCAGUAUACCCAAAUUCCUCAACCAUAUUAUCAACCCUCACCUGCCCCUUACCCAGUUUACACCACCCAACCAACGUAUUGUCCACCUAGAGCACCUGCCUAUCCAAAUCCAUCACGAUACCAACCCGCAUAUCCAGCCCAAUCCCACUACCAACAACAAAACCGUCCAUCAAAUGCACCCAGACCCCGCCCAAACUUUGAAAGAAGACCAGCCAAAACCUAUACACCUUUAGCUGAACCUUUAGCCCAACUAUAUGAACGGUUGAGAACUGCAGGAGUACUCCAGCCAAUCCAAGGACGAAUUCCCAAUCCCCUUCCUAGAUGGUAUGAUGAGACCAAGCAUUGUGCAUAUCACUCUGGAGCUGCUGGACAUGACACUGAAAGUUGCCUCACUCUCAAAGACAAGAUUGAGGCAUUGAUCAAAGAAGGAAUCAUUCAACUCAAAGGUGUUGCCCCCAAUGUAAACAACAACCCGCUGCCCAAUCAUGGCAAUGUUCACAUGAUCACCGUUGAUGAAGAUUGCAACUUGGAAGGAACCAUAUCCAAGUACGAGCGCCAAUUGAAGUUGGAAGCUUUUCUUCCUAAGCCUAAGAUCGUGGCCCUUGCCGUUCAAUCAUCCCCUUUUGACACUAAUGCAGUUCCUUGGGAUUACUCGACUGAUGCAAGGGACAAAGGAAAAGGAAAAAUAGUCGUAGAAGCUGCUGCUGCAGGAAUGACAAGAUCCGGGCGUUGUUAUGCCCCUGAAGAAGUUGUACGAGGAGGACCAAACAAGGAAAACAACCAAAAAAGGGUUGUGACAGAGGCUGAAGUGGAAGAUUUCUGGAGGAAGAUGCCAACUAAGGAAUAUUCAGUUGUUGAACAGCUAAAGAAAACUCCUGCUCAAAUUUCCUUAAUGGCCUUACUGAUGAAUUCUGCAACUCAUAGGAACGCUUUGGUGAAGGUUUUAAGUGAAGCAUAUGUUCCAGCUGAGACCACCAGUGAGAACUUUUCUGCCAUGGUAGGACAAGUUUUAGAAGCUAACAAAGUCACUUUUCAUGAAGAUGAGUUGUUGCCUGAAGGUUUGGGACAUAACAAAGCGUUGAACAUUACUGUCAGAUGCAGGGAUAAGUUUAUUUCAAGAGUUCUGAUUGAUAAUGGUUCAGCUGUUAACAUAUGCCCUUUCACUACUCUUCGAGCUUUGGGAAUUGACAUUGGAAAGAUUCGUGAAAGUCAUGUAAGGGUUAGAGGAUUUGAUGGGACACAAAGGGGAGUCAUUGGAGAAAUUGAUCUGCCAUUGCAAAUUGGACCUGUGGAGUUCAUUGUUCAUGGAGAAGGUAACAAUUCGAUACAUCCUGAAAAUUCAGUCUCUUUUAUUGAAAGUAUGGAAGAAUUGGAUGGGUCCGUAUUCCAUAUUCGGGAAAUUAUGUGUGCUACUCAAUAUGAAAAGGAAAAUUUGCCAUGUGUGCUUAUGAUGGUUUCUUGGGAAAUGUUGAAGACUGGUUUUAUUCUCGGUCAAGGUCUUGGAGCGAAACUGGAUAGAAUAGUGGAACCAAUUCAAUUACCUGGUCAGAAAUACACCUUUGGUCUUGGAUACGAGCCUACUCCUGAAGAAAUCUCGUCGGCUAAUCUCAAAAGGAAAAGUGACAAUCCCUUACCACGACCUAUCCCACCCUUGAAUCAGUCAUUUUCCAAGGCGUUUGCUACAGAAGGAUUAGAAGAAGCUGUUGAAGAUAACCUCACAGAAGGACUCAAAAACUUGUUCAUUGAAGAAACGGAAUGCAAUAUGAUUUUGGAGGACUGCACUGAGGCCCCGACCAUAUGGGAUGCUAUGCCUGGAGAUGCUUUGAACAAUUGGACUUGUAACCCGUCCCCGUUCCUCCGGGAAUCUUGCAAGCAAACUAAUAAAUCUGUCAAUGCCGAAAAUGUGACAUGUAAUGAAACGAGCGAACAAACCCCGAACAGUGAACAAACUUUUGCAGAAUAUGAAGAAGAUGUGCAGUCUGGAGAGUUGACCAAGGAGUUUGAACAUUUUGAGAAUAAAGAAAAGCCAAACUUGGAUGAAACAGAGACGAUAAAUUUGGGAGAUUCAGCAGAGUUGGUGAGAGAUACAAGAAUUAGUGUCCAUUUGACUUCGUCCCAAAGAAAAGAACUUAUUGAUCUUUUGAGACAAUACAUGGAUGUGUUCGCAUGGUCUUACGAUGAUAUGCCAGGUCUAAGCACGGAUAUUGUUUCACACAGAUUGCCAAUUGAUCCCUCUUGCCCCCCAGUAAAGCAAAAGCCGAGAAAGAUCAAGCCUGAUUUGAGUUUUAAGGUUAAGGAAGAAGUCUCCAAGCAAUUUGAUGCCAAUGUCAUUCGGGUCACCAAGUAUCCCACGUGGUUGGCCAACAUAGUACCAGUGCCAAAGAAAGAUGGAAAAAUCAGAGUAUGCGUAGAUUAUCGAGAUCUCAACAAGGCUAGCCCGAAGGAUGAUUUUCCUCUCCCAAACAUUCAUAUACUUAUUGAUAAUUGUGCAAAGCAUGAGUUGCAGUCAUUUGUUGAUUGCUUUGCAGGAUAUCAUCAGAUUCUAAUGGAUGAAGAGGAUGCGGAGAAAACUGCAUUCAUCACGCCUUGGGGAGUGUAUUGUUAUCGGGUAAUGCCUUUUGGACUCAAAAAUGCAGGGGCAACAUAUAUGAGAGCUAUGACUACCAUAUUUCAUGAUAUGAUCCAUAAGGAGAUUGAAGUUUAUGUGGAUGAUGUCAUCAUCAAGUCACGGAAGAGCUUAGAUCAUAUAACAGAUUUGAAGAAGUUCUUUGACAGAUUAAGGCGGUACAAUCUGAAGUUAAAUCCCGCAAAGUGUGCAUUUGGUGUCCCUGCUGGGAAGCUGUUGGGUUUCAUCGUGAGUAGGAAGGGGAUAGAGCUGGAUCCUUCAAAGAUAAAGGCUAUUCAAGACUUGCCUCCUCCAAAGAGUCGAAAGGAUGUAAUGAGUUUUCUUGGUCGCCUUAAUUACAUUAGUCGAUUCAUUGCACAAUCUACAGUAAUUUGCGAGCCAAUCUUCAAGUUGUUGAGGAAAGAUGCUGCAACAAAAUGGACAGAAGAUUGUCAGAAAGCUUUUGACAAAAUCAAGGAGUAUUUGUCUAGUCCACCAGUCUUAGUGCCCCCAGAAUCUGGAAGACCGUUGUUGUUGUAUUUGUCAGUAUCUGACAAUGCAUUUGGAUGUGUGCUGGGACAACAUGACGAAACUGGAAAGAAGGAGCAAGCUAUAUAUUACUUGAGCAAAAAGUACACUCCUUAUGAAGCUCGAUAUACUUUAUUGGAGCGCACUUGUUGUGCUUUGACUUGGGUUGCACAAAAGCUGAGACAUUAUUUAUGUGCGUAUACCACUUUUCUCAUCUCAAGGAUGGAUCCACUCAAGUAUAUAUUUCAGAAGCCUAUGCCCACUGGAAGGUUGGCGAAGUGGCAAAUUUUGCUAUGUGAAUUCGACAUUGUUUAUGUCACUCAAAAGGCCAUCAAGGGACAAGCGCUAGCUGAUCAUCUCGCUGAAAAUCCCGUGGAUGAAGAGUACAUGCCUCUUAAAACUUAUUUCCCUGAUGAAGAGGCCUUAUUUAUUGGAGAGGACAUUUCCGAAGAAUAUCCCGGUUGGAGAAUGUUUUUUGAUGGUGCUGCGAAUUCCAAAGGAGUCGGUGCUGGAGCAGUGUUGAUUUCAGAAUCAGGUCAACAUUAUCCUAUCUCAACAAAGUUCAGAUUCUUAUGCACAAAUAAUAUGGCGGAGUACGAGGCUUGUAUUCUUGGGCUUAGAAUGGCUAUUGACAUGAAUAUACAAGAAUUGUUGGUUAUAGGUGAUUCCGACCUAUUGAUUCAUCAAGUUCAAGGCGAAUGGAGCACCAAAAAUGUGAAGAUACUCCCAUAUUUGUUAUGUGUGAAAGAAUUGUGCAAGAAAUUCGUUAAGAUAGAAUUCAAGCAUAUUCCUCGAGCUCAGAACGAGUUUGCAGACGCGUUGGCAACCCUGGCUUCUAUGAUUCAACAUCCAGACAAGAACUACAUAGAUCCAAUCAAGGUUAAUGUGCAAGAUCAGCCAGCCUAUUGUUUCCAUGUAGAUGAAGAACCGGAUGGAGAACCUUGGUACUAUGACAUUAAGAGGUAUCUUAGAGAAGGAGACUAUCCAGAAGGAGUAAACAAUGUUCAAAAGAAGACACUUCGGAGACUCGCAAAUCACUUUUUCCUAAGUGGGGAAAUCCUUUAUAGGAGGACUCCAGAUUUGGGAUUGUUAAGAUGUGUUAACUCUCAAGAGGCAAGCAAGUUGAUUGAAGAAAUACAUGGGGGUACAUGUGGGCCGCACAUGAAUGGUUUCACUUUGGCAAAGAAGAUUCUACGAGCUGGAUAUUUUUGGAUGACCAUGGAAACAGAUUGCAUCCGUUUUGUGAGAAGGUGUCAUCAGUGUCAGAUUCAUGGUGAUUUGAUUCGGGUUCCGCCGAAUGAGCUAAAUGUGACGAGUUCUCCUUGGCCAUUUGCAGCUUGGGGCAUGGAUGUCAUUGGCCCUAUUGAGCCAGCCGCCUCAAAUGGACACAGGUUCAUUCUGGUAGCUAUUGAUUACUUUACAAAGUGGGUAGAAGCAUCUUCAUACAAGUCUGUGACAAAGAAGGUGGUGACAGAUUUUGUUCGUAAUAACAUCAUUUGUAGAUUUGGGAUCCCCGAGUCAAUUAUUACAGAUAAUGGAGCUAAUCUCAAUAGUGGUUUGAUGCAUGAGAUAUGCGAGAAGUUCAAAAUUAUUCACCGCAAUUCCACUCCUUAUCGACCUCAGAUGAAUGGAGCAGUUGAGGCCGCCAACAAAAAUAUCAAGAGGAUAUUGCGGAAAAUGAUUGAUAACUACAAGCAUUGGCAUGAGAGUUUGUCCUUUGCCCUUCUUGGCUACCGCACCACAAUUAGGACUUCGACUGGGGCUACACCUUAUCUUUUGGUUUAUGGAACAGAAGCAGUAUUACCAAUGGAAGUUGAGAUACCAUCUCUAAGGAUCAUCCAAGAAGCUGAGUUAAGUGAUGCCAAGUGGACGCAAAACCGGUAUGAACAAUUGAUGCUCAUUGAUGAAAAAAGAAUGAAUGCAGUUUGUCACGGGCAACUUUAUCAACACAGGAUGGCCAAAGCUUUCAACAAGAAAGUAAGAUUGAGACAGUUUGAACCGGGACAAUUGGUGUUGAAGCGAAUAUUCCCGCAUCAAGAUGAAGCUAAAGGAAAGUUUGCACCCAAUUGGCAAGGACCUUACAUAGUUCACCGAGUACUAACUGGAGGAGCUUUGAUUCUAGCAGAAAUGGAUGGCAAGAUAUGGCCAAAAGCUAUCAAUGCAGAUGCGGUUAAGAGAUACUACAUCUAG